AAUUAUUAAAAGGAUGGGCAUUUUAGGAGAACUAGCAAACAACUUUUAACCCAAAUUUUUUUUUUAAAAAAAAUAGUACCUAAGGGAAUCCAGAAAACUAAAACAAAAACAAGAAACGUUUGAGGUUUACAUGCAUUUUAUUAGUGUCUUGUCUCUUCUGGGUGUUGUUUGACUUUCUAUUGUGGUUCCCAAGCUCUUGGUUUUGUUUGCUGUUAUUGCUCUACCUCGUGAGAAUACAGAGAAGAAAGAUGGCUAAAGGUUUGAAGAAAAGCAACUUCGAAGUGCUGGGAAUGUGUUGUAAUUCAGAGGUAGCUCUGAUUGAAAAGAUUCUGAAGGGUCUCCUUGGAGUGAAGGACAUCUCAAUAAUGUUCCCAACUCGAACAGUCACUGUAAUCCAUGAUCUUGAUCUAAUUUCUGAGUCACAAAUCACUGAUGCACUGAACAUGGCGAGGCUUGAAGCUAGUUUGAGACCAGAAGGAAAGACUAAGCAUGAAAAGAAAUCACCAGCACCAAGUACUUUGGCUUGUGGCUUGUUACUUGCACUUUCUUUUUUGAAGUGUGCUUAUCAACCUUUGGAAUACUUGGCUAUCGGUGCUGUUCUUAUUGGCUCACCUAGAGUUCUGUUAAGAGGCAUAGCUUCCAUCAGGAAUCUUUCACUUGAUAUCAACAUUCUGGUCCUAUUAGCAGUGUUUGGUACUCUUGCUUUGGGAGAUUUCUGGGAAGCAGCAAUCAUCACCUUCCUAUUCUCAAUAGCUCAAUGGUUAGAGACAGUAGCAAGUUACAAGGCUAUGGCCGCCAUGUCCUAUUUGACAAACAUGACUCCUCAAAGGGCCAUUAUAGCUGAGACUGGGGAACACGUUGAUGUCAAUGAAGUUAUAAUCAACACUGUCCUUGCAGUCAAGGCUGGUGAUUCUAUUCCUCUUGAUGGUAUUGUUGUUGAAGGAAAAUGUGAAGCCGACGAGAAAAUGUUGACUGGAGAGUCAUUCCCUGUCAGCAAAGAGCUGGGUUCGACUGUUUGGGCAGGCACUAUUAAUCUAAAUGGUUAUAUCAGUGUGCGAACAACUGCAUUGGCAAAAGAUACAGCAGUGGCAAGAAUGACAAAGCUUGUUGAGGAAGCCCAUGCCAGAAAAUCCAGAGCUCAAAGAUUCAUAGAUACCUGUGCAAAGUACUAUGUACCAGGGGUUUUCUUGAUAUCAGUUGGCGUUGCUGUGAUUCCCCUGGCGUUAAGGGUUCCCAACAUUAAGUAUUGGUGUCACAUGGCUAUUGUGGUUUUAGUAAGUGCAUGCCCUUGUGCUCUUAUCCUCUCCACACCUGUUACAAUCUUCUGUGCCCUCACAAAAGCUGCCACAAGCGGUUUACUUCUUAAAGGUGGAGAUUAUGUAGAAGCACUUGCUGGGAUUAAGAUUCUGGCUUUUGAUAAAACGGGCACAUUAACAAAAGGGGAGUUCACUGUCACAGAUUUUUCUGCCGUUGGAGAUGAUAUUAGCAUUCAACUGUUAUUGUACUGGGUUUCUAGCAUUGAGAGUAAAUCAAGUCACCCUAUGGCAGCUGCACUUUUGGAAUAUGGAAGGUUACAUCGUAUCAAACCAAUCCCUGAAAAUGUGGAAGAGUUUCAGAAUUUUCCAGGGGAAGGAGUUUAUGGUAAAAUCGAUGGGGAAGAUGUCUAUAUUGGCAACAGGAAAAUAUGUGAGAGAGCUGGCUGUGAAAGUGAGUUCCUAAGCAAAGAACAAAGAAAUGGUUAUAUAUGCUGCGGAACAACUCUAGUUGGAGUGUUCAGCCUAUCAGAUACAUGCAGAACUGGAGCUUUAGAGGCAAUAGAAAAGCUAAAGUCUUUAGGCGUGAAAUCAGCAAUGCUGACAGGAGAUGGCACUCAUGCUGCUACGCUUGUUCAGACUCAGCUGAAUCAUGCUCUAGACAUGGUUCAUGCAGAGCUUCUACCACAUGAAAAGGCAGCGAUCAUAGAGAAUUUCAAGAAAGAAGGGCUGACAGCCAUGAUUGGAGACGGUAUAAACGACGCUCCAGCAUUAGCCACAGCUGAUGUGGGCAUCUCAAUGGGAAUCUCAGGUUCAGCUCUCGCAGUAGAGACUGGGCACGCAAUUCUCAUGUCAAACGACAUCAGGAAGAUACCUGAAGCCAUUGAUCUAGCAAGAAGGACAUUCAGAAAGCUAGUUCAGAAUGCCGUUUUCUCCAUCGUCACAAAGGGUUUGAUCCUAGCUUUGGCACUAGCAGGAUACCCACUGGUUUGGCUCGCCGUUUUGACUGAUGUUGGGACCUGCUUGCUUGUGAUUCUCAAUAGCAUGUUACUCCUGAACGAGAAAAAACACAAUAACAAGAUAAAACCCAACAAACCCAAAUACGGGUUGUUCGUAACGGACAAGAACGAGCCAUUACUUGAAAAGCAAACUGAUUGCAGUGAGGGAUGCUACAGCAAUGUCUCUCGUAAAGUUUGUUGUUCUGAUUAUGGGCCCUCGAAUCUGAGCCUGCUCGAGGAAGGUCAUUGUGGGAAAUUGGUCUCCGAAGAUAUUGGGAUGUUAGAGACCUGCAAUGAUGGUGAUGGCUGUUGCAGUGAAGUCAGGUUUGAGGAGGAGUCUUCAUGCAGAACACAAAGCGGCUCUAACUGUUGCCAGAUGAAGUACACAGAAGCGAAGUGUGGUUCUGGGAAAUGUGGAAGUCGUCAAUGCUGCGAACAAUCCAGGAAGACAUGCUGCGUCGAUCGAGUUUACAUACCAGAAAUUGUGAUUGAGUGAUGCCUGCUUGAUGAUGAAUGAGUCUCCAAAUCCUAUUCACGACUUCAUUUGCAUCGAAGUCAAGAGGGAUAGAUGUAGGGGACUUGAUUCACCGCAGCGAGGGAAGGAAGAGAUAGGAUGGUACAGAUCAGAGCACCCAUUUCUCUCUCACAAAUCUUUCUUCCUGAUGUUGUAAGAGAGUGGUGACUGGUGUCACUCACAAAUAGUUUUGUUGACUUGUUCCUUGAAAUGGAACGCGCGUGACACUUCGAUAUACUAUUAUCAUGUACUUACGUAA